GAGAGAGAGAGAGAGAGAGAGAGAUUAUGAAUGUUAAGAUGCAGCGCACUCAGAGGAGCAAUUGUCUUAAUAUUGAAGUCUCUUAGUGCAUUUGCUCGUCUUGUUUACCUUCUUCUUCAGCUGAUGUCUGGAGACACUGGGGGCCAACUUCCUGAAAACCCUGCCAUGAAGUGAUGUUCUAUUUUUGAAUGACGUUUCGUAAGGAAAGGGCGCUGAAAACACGGCGCACAGUGAAGCUCUCGCUGUGACUCAUUCAUUUUGUAUAAUGCGACCGGUUGCGGCGACAGAGGAAGAGUCGGGGAUUUAAUUAGCUGGAUUUUCUUGGUCCUUUGCUCAGUGAACGCGCAUUUGAGCUCGUUUUCCCUUCUUUCUUUCUUUGGAGACUGUGGAGAUGAUAUGAACCCCUGGGAGACAGACACCACAGCCGACCGAGCCAUUCCUGCGCUCCUGUGGAGUUGGUCUCAGCAAAAAGAAUGUCACCUACUUCUGCCGGUCCUAACAUUUAAGUAUUGAUUUUAAGAGCUAAUUCCCGAGAUUCAUACCAUGUUAUCUGGAGGAACUGGUGCUGCGGGUUGUGAAGAUAUGUCAGUUCUUAGCAGCUGCUUUAUUCUGUUUCAAUUCUUUGGAUUAAGCACAAAUUGAGAAAAUUGGGCCAGCUCAUCUGCGGCGGGUGUUCAUUUUCUUUAACUGAUACAUUCUGACUAAUGGAUGUAGCUUCCUUUCCGACGGAGCUGAUUUACGGAUAGGGGUUCCACUAUUCAACAAGCUGCACCGCUCACUCCUGACAGCAAAGCGAUGGGCGCAGUUUGUCUGAGCCAUCUGCUGCGUUUUGGUCCUUCAGCCUAGCUUGUUGAAUAUCCUCCUUGGUGACAAGUAUGGAUUCAUAUUAACAAACUCCUCUGCCUUUCUGGUUUUAUCAUCGGCGGAUUGCAGACUCCGUUCUUAGUAAAAGUUGAUGAUGGCUCCUCCCGGGAUGUGCGUGAAGCUGAGCUUUAUAUGGAGAGCGUUUUGGCUCAUGAGGACUGUAGAUUUCGCGGUGGCUCAAGAGGCUUAUGCGCCCCAUUCAAUACGGACUGAGGGGCACCUGACCCUCGGUGGACUCUUCCCGGUGCACGCCAGAGGAGCCGACGGCACGCCGUGCGGGGACCUCAAAAGGGAGAACGGCAUUCAGCGGCUUGAGGCCAUGAUGUACGCUUUGGAUCAAAUAAACCAGGACGAGCAACUCCUACCCAACAUUACCUUAGGCGCACGGGUGCUGGACACUUGUUCGAGGGAUACCUACGCGCUGGAGCAAUCGUUAACUUUCGUCCAAGCUCUGAUCACGAAGGACACCUCCGACGUGAGGUGCACCAAUGGGGAGCCACCAGUGUUUGUCAAGCCUGAGAAAGUGGUGGGAGUCAUCGGAGCCUCGACGAGUUCAGUAUCGAUUAUGGUUGCCAACAUCCUACGUCUCUUUCAGAUCCCGCAGAUCAGCUAUGCGUCAACAGCCCCAGAGUUGAGUGAUGACAGACGCUAUGACUUCUUCUCGCGGGUGGUUCCACCCGAUUCAUUCCAGGCCCAGGCCAUGGUGGACAUUAUCCGUGCCCUGGGCUGGACGUACGUCUCCACCAUUGCCUCUGAGGGCAGCUAUGGAGAAAAAGGAGUGGAGGCCUUCACACAACUCUCGAAAGAAGCAGGUGGAAUCUGCAUCGCCCAGUCUUUGAAAAUCCCUCACAACCCCAAACUGGAGGACUUUGACAAAACCAUUCAACAGCUGCUGGAAACACAGCACUCGCGGGCAGUCAUCAUCUUUGCAAGUGAGGAAGACAUACGGGGAGUUCUCAAUGCCACCAAGAGGGCCAAUCAGGUGGGCCAUUUCCUGUGGAUUGGAUCUGACAGCUGGGGGGCCAAGAGCAGCCCAAUCUACCAGCUCGAGGACGUAGCAGAGGGAGCAGUCACUGUACUACCCAAGCGCUCCUCCAUUAAAGGGUUUGAUGAAUACUUUACUGCACUCACCCUCGAGAACAAUCGCAGGAACGUGUGGUUUGCUGAGUUCUGGGAGGAAAAUUUUGACUGCAGGCUCCUCAGUGCCUCGAAGAGAGAGGAUACCAGCCGUAAAUGCACAGGCCAGGAGCGUAUCGGGAUCGACUCCAAAUACGAGCAGGAAGGGAAGGUGCAGUUUGUGAUCGAUGCGGUGUACGCCAUGGCCCAUGCUCUCCAUAACAUGCAGAGGGACUUAUGUCCUGAUCAUCCUGGCAUCUGUCCACAAAUGGAGUCUGCGGAAGGAAAGACUCUGCUGAAGUUCAUACGUAACACCAGCUUUAAUGGCAGCGCAGGCACAUCUGUUGUGUUUAAUAAGAACGGUGAUGCUCCAGGACGUUACGACCUGUUCCAGUUCCAGAUGACUAACUCCUCCAGUGCAGAGUACAAGGUGGUAGGACAGUGGGUGGAGACCCUCCAGCUCAGGCUGGAGGAGCUUCGGUGGCCAGAUGGGGAACAGGAGGUGCCUAUCUCUGUGUGCAGUCUGCCCUGCAAAACUGGAGAGAGGAAGAAGAGGGUAAAAGGCAUGCCGUGCUGCUGGCACUGUGAGCUUUGUGAUGGCUACCAGUACCAGUAUGAGGAGACUUCCUGCAGACUGUGUGCCUACAACAUGAGGCCCAACGCUAACAGAACCGCCUGCCAGCCAAUCCCCAUAGUGAAGCUGGAGUGGCACUCCCCUUGGGCGAUAAUCCCUGUCUUCCUGGCCAUACUUGGUAUCAUUGCCACCAUCUUUGUCAUGGCGACCUUGGUACGCUACAAUAACACACCCAUUGUGCGGGCUUCUGGUCGAGAGCUGAGCUACGUGCUGCUAACCGGGAUCUUUCUGUGUUACAUCAUCACAUUCCUCAUGAUCGCCAAGCCUGAUGUAGCUGUAUGUGCCUUCAGGAGGAUCUUCCUGGGCCUGGGCAUGUGCAUCAGCUAUGCUGCACUGCUCACCAAGACCAAUCGCAUUUAUCGGAUCUUUGAGCAGGGCAAGCAGACAGUCACUGCCCCGCGUUUCAUCAGUCCCACCUCCCAGAUCGCCAUCACUUCCAGUCUGAUCUGUGUGCAGCUGCUCGGUGUGCUGGUGUGGUUUGCCGUGGACCCGCCAAACACCAUCAUCGACUAUGAUGAGCAGAAAACCAUAAACCCCAUGCUGGCCCGUGGCGUGCUGAAGUGUGACAUCACAGACCUACAGAUAAUCUGCUCAUUGGGCUAUAGCAUCCUGUUGAUGGUGACCUGCACCAUCUACGCCAUCAAGACAAGGGAUGUACCAGAAGACUUCAAUGAAGCCAAGCCCAUUGGCUUCACUAUGUACACCACUUGCAUAGUCUGGCUGGCCUUCAUCCCAAUUUUCUUUGGCACAGCCCAAUCUGCCGAGAAGCUGUACAUCCAGACAACCACCCUGACCAUCUCCAUGAACCUCAGUGCCUCAGUAGCACUGGGCAUGCUCUACAUGCCCAAGGUGUACAUCAUUAUCUUCCACCCUGAGCUGAACGUACAAAAGAGGAAGCGUAGCUUCAAGGCUGUGGUCACAGCUGCCACAAUGUCAUCACGGCUGUCCCAGAAGCCCAGCGAGAGGCCCAAUGGAGAGGCUAAGACUGAACUGUGUGAGAACCCUGUUGCUGACCCCAUGAGGAAGGGAGCUCUAGAGGAAGCAAGGAGGGAGAGCGCAGGCAUCCCAGCACCACCUGCAGCACCUAUGCACUCCAGGACUGUGGAUAGUAUCCAAACUUCAUCCCUUCCUGACACAUGAGUCCUGACAGAGAACUAGCACAGCUGCAGGUCAGUGUGGCUGGGUCGGCCUCCAGAACCAGACUGUAGGUUUAAAGCUUGUGCUGUGGUCCCCUUCACUCCAACAAAGAACAACAUGUCAGUUGAAAGGGGUCGCUACGAAUGAUGCCGGCAAAAAAAAAAGAAGAGAAAAACAAAGGACAGUGGAUCUGCUUUCAAGAUAUUUUCUUUUGAAAUGUCAUUAAAGCCAUAUUCUCUUGGGGUUCCCAUUGUCUGAUUUCUGUUUUGUAUGGUUUUUAAGUGAUUUUCUUCUGUGCCUCUUGAAGUUGAUUUAACUACCCUGAACAGCAAGUCUGUCACAUACAGUAUAGUAUUUUGUUUGACCAAAAUAAAUUCCAAUCAGUCCCAGAUGAUCAUUAUGUUAGAGUGAUGGGCAUUGUAAACAUAUAUUUUUUUUGUAAAUAUUUGAGAGUAUUUUCUUGUUUGGAGUACAAAACUAGAUAUCCAGUCUUUGUUUAAUCGGAUUUGAAUGAUAAUGAAAAAGCACCACAAAGUGUUCACUUUGCAUGUGCCAAUGUAUGUUUGUUCUAUUUGAUGUAAAAAAAAAAAAAAAGAAAGAAAAGAAAAGAAAAGAAAAAAGAAAUAAAUUCUGAAAAUGAUUAUGAGCUUCAGCAUCCUUCUGCCAUUUGUUUCUUUACUAGAACUAAACUUCAUGAAAUGACAGAGUAUGGCUUUAAUCUGUUGUUGAAUUAGCGCCCGACUCCUCCUUCCCACCCCACCCUGUAUCUGCAAGCAUGUUUGUUUUAUAUAGUUCCGUACUGGGUAUAAUAUGCCUAAUAACGGUGUGGGAAACAUUCAUAUCAAAGCAAUCACGCAAGUACGUUGUAAUGUCUGUCAAAUUAUGAACAUGUAAUAAAAUCACUUUGUU